CGUUUCCGUAGCAACUGGGGCCGGUCCGUUAACCGCAUCGGCCGUACAACACCCAGGGCCCAUCGUGGAGCUCAGGGAAGGGGGGGACUGUCGUUGUCAAUAACCGGAUACUACUGCUGUCUUGUUGGGCGAAGAGACACGGGGGUGACGCAGUAUCGAGGCGGCGAGCCCGCAGUCCCGCGCGGAGAUGCUAAAUAUGUGGAAAGUCAGAGAGCUGGUGGACAAAGCCACCAAUGUGGUGAUGAACUACUCGGAGAUCGAGUCCAAGGUGAGAGAGGCCACCAAUGAUGAUCCCUGGGGACCAUCUGGACAACUGAUGGGAGAAAUAGCCAAGUCUACCUUUAUGUAUGAGCAGUUCCCAGAGGUGAUGAACAUGCUGUGGACCAGGAUGCUCAAGGACAACAAGAAGAACUGGAGACGAGUCUACAAGGCUUUGCUGCUGCUGGCCUAUCUGAUCAGGAAUGGGUCUGAAAGAGUUGUCACCAGUGCCAGAGAACAUAUUUAUGACCUGCGAUCAUUAGAAAACUACCACUUCAUUGAUGAGAAUGGAAAGGAUCAGGGCAUCAAUGUACGUCAGAAAGUGAAGGAGAUGGUGGAGUUCAUCCAGGAUGACGACAGAUUAAGGGAGGAAAGAAAGAAAGCGAAGAAGAACAAAGACAAAUACAUCGGAGUCUCCUCUGACAGUAUGGGAGGAGGAGGUGGUGGUGGAGGAGGCGGCAUCGGCGGUGGAGGUGGUGGAGGAGGAGGAUUGGAUCGGAGUAAGUGGGACGAGGACUGGGAUAAGAGCAGAGGAGCUUUUCCCUUUAGUGAGAAGCUCGGAGAGAUCAGUGACAAGAUUGGCAGCACCAUUGACGACACACUCAACAAGUUCAGGAAGAAGGAACGAGACGACUCGCCCGACAGAAUCAGUGACAACGAGGAGGACCGAGCGUCUAGAAAUGGCCGUCAGGAAACCCUGGAGUUUAAAGAUGAGGAGGAGACUGUCACGACAAAGAGUAUCCAGAUCACACAAGCAACAGAAACCACAACCACCACCACACGGAAACGCAGUGGCGGCUCAAGCAACAAGACUCUGGACCUUGGUGCUGCAGCUCACUACACUGGAGACAAGAGCCCAGAUGAGAAGUCAUCAGCCAAGCAGUCAUCCAGUAGUGGCCUUGCUGACCUGUUAGAGAUUGACCCUUCAUCCAAUCAGAGCACCACGACAGGUGGAGGUUCAGACCUCAUUGCUGGUUUUGCUGACUUCUCCUCUCCUGCUGCCUCAGCUAGCCUCCCAACCUCCACAGGUGCUGCAUCAUCCAAUGCAAAUGGAGAAUUUGGAGACUGGAGCGCCUUCUCUGCCAAUCCUCCCGCUUCAUCUAACUCCGCUCCCUCUCAGCCCAUUACUGACCUGUUUGGCAGCGUCCAGUCACCCAAAGUCUCUGCCUCAAAUCCUCCCCCCGUCCCUCCCUCUGCGGAGUUGUUUGACCUGAUGGGUGGAGUUAAUCAGUUAACCAAUCCACAUGCAACACUGAGUGCAUCUCAGAGCCUAACAUUCUCUCUAGGAGGAGCAACACCAGGAGCAUCUGUUGCCAUGCCCACCAUGCCACUGUCUCGCUCACAACAGAGUUUGGGAGCCAUGACAUCUCAGCAGCCAUUAGGACAACAGCAGAAGGUAGGGGUUGGAGGUCAAGGAUCGUUGGGGUCGACAUGGUCUGAUCCUUCUGUCAACAUCAGUCUGGACUUCCUGUCAGCUGGCCUCAACCCCAAUAAGACACCGCCCACUCUCAACAACAUCAUCCAGCAACAAGGAGUGCCUCCCAUCAACCUGUUGGCCCAGAACUUCGGAGGACUGAACCUGAGCUCCCCACCUCAUGCGACACCCAUCAGACCGCCAGCCAAUCCCAUGAUGGCAGGCAGUGCCAUGGCGAUGGGUAUGCCUGCGUCCAUGGCAACUGGCAUGCCUGCGCCUUUGGCUACGGGUAUGCCACCUUCAAUGACCUCGGGUACCAUUGGGAUGGGCGGGAUUCCUGUAAACCAAGGCAUGAUGGGAAUGAACAUGAGCAUGAAUAUGGGCAUGACCACUCCAGUGAUGAUGGGUGGUAUGGGAGCACCAGGAGUCGGGAUGGGCCUAACUCACUCCAUCACCCCAGCUGUGGUUCCACCCAAACAAGAUGCCUUUGCUAACUUUGGCAGUUUUGGGAAAUGAAGGAGUGCAAAUGAGUGUGUGAGUGUGAGUGUGCAUGUCUGACACAUACGAGAGUGUGAACCACAGAGGGACUGCUGUACUUGAAGACAACCUUGCAUGUUUCUCUGCUUCUGCUCUUUUGGGGGAAGUGGCAUCAGACUUAUCCUGUCUGAUGACACAUUCUGUGAUAUACUGGAGAGUAGGGCUGAAACUAUCUCCCUGUGCUUUUCUGACAGAUAAUGCGACUAUGAUUUGAUUUGCCACGUUAUUUUGAAGUCAAGCUUCAGUUAAAUAUUUGCUGUGUAACAAAUGUAAAACACUAUCCCAUCAAAAUAUCGACUCCGCUGUAUAUUUGUAAUGCAAGGAUGAGAACGUCAAAACAUACAAAUCGUUUCCAACAUGUAUGAAUUACAUGUUUUGAAUUGGCAUAGAACAUAGAUCAAUGAAAAAUUAUCCAAACCUGUGAUUGGUCCUGAAAUAGGUUGAUGAAAUCCACAGAUACACUGUAAAACAAGGAUCAGAUAUGCUUUACAACUUGCAGCAUUGUUUGAAAUUUACUACUUCAAUACUUACAUACUAAAUCGUGGAGAGCGCCCACUAGUGCCCCUCGCCUCCUGCUACUAUUCCCUUAAGAGCAGGGAAGUUGUCAACCCACAGCAUUUAGUCACAACUUUGCUGUGGAAAUAAAGGUCCCUGUCUUUACCCAUUUUUUUUUUUACUUGUAUAUGAACUGCAGUGUAUCCCGCUUCCUAACAAAACAUUGCAAAACAUUGCUCUCUGUAACCACAUGCAGGAUUCAUUCAGUCAGUUUAACUCAGAUGAAAAUGGCAUUGCUGCCUUAACUCAUUGGCUGCCAGCAAUUUUCAGAGCAGUGGCUCUGAACAGAUGGAUGUGCAGUAGGACAGGUUGCUGUUACAGGUUAUUCUGAUCCUCUUCCUGUUAUUAAUGCCUGAUUACAGUGACAGUCAGUAUUUUAAACAUUUAUGCUUGUGCAUAACAGACACUGUUAAUGGAUAGAGGAGCGAAACGUGGUCUUUUAAAGAGUAUUCCCAGCCUGCUGUGGGAAAAGUGUGUCACUAUCUGAGCAUCAUCUUCCUUGUCUACACAUUUCUUUAAUAUUUAAGGCAGUGGCGCCCAGCAGAGCUUUCAGGACACCACAGUAAGUAUUUUUUCCCCACUAAACAUUUCACUUCGCAGCUAUUUUUCAGUCUCUGUCAUUUCUGGAACCUAAAAAAUAAUAUGCUAGAAAAAUAACCACCCCUACCUACCUUUGAUAUGGAUCACAGGAGAAUAUUUUUUCCAUUAGUUUUAUUAAAUGGAUUCUAUGGCCAGUUGAGACCAAUCAAAAGGGUUUUGGGAUCUUGGGUGAUGUCUAUAUGUGUG